CUGCUAAACUACCAUGUGGCCGGCUGGGGUUUUGCGCCAUGAGGCCCGCGCCAAAGUUGCACCAGUGGUUGAUUUGCGCGUGGCACUCCAGGCAGAUGCCGGCCAUUGGACCUCCAUAGACGCACCAGUGGUGCUCUCAUCUUGCUUAGCACCUGGGCAAUCCUUCGGCUGGAAGAAGCUGAAUGUGACUGGUCAGGACGCAUUCCUUGGCGUUCUGAACAUGUCAGCCGUAAUAUUUGUGCAGAGGGAGAAGGGCAUCCAAUGGCAGACCUUGGCAGGCCCAGAGGUGACGCAGGAAACAGUGCAGAAGUUCUUCGCCUUGGAUGAUGGCUUGCGCGAAACCGCCGAGCGUCUUCGCAUCGCCUGGGCCAAAAGAUGCCCACGGCUGGCGCAAGUUGCGCAGUCCUUGCCAGGGCUUUGCGUCUUGCAGCAGGAUAUGGUGGAGACGAUCUUUGGAUUUAUUUGCUCGCAGAACAACAAUGUGUCACGCAUUUGCUUGUUGAUGGAUCGGCUGCGCGCCAAGUUCGGCCAAGUGUUGUGCAGUAUAGCUGCAGGCGUCGAUGCACAAGCUGAUGGAGGUCCGGUAAAGAUGGACGGACCAGUAGACUGGUUGAUAUGUGACCGUCAGAAUGUGUCAGACGUAUCCCUGGUGUAUAGCUCUCUAUGA